AUGGCUAAACCUUUAGAAAGAAUAAAAAGAAAUUUUAAAAGAAAAAAAAGUUAUAAAUUAGAAGAUGAAGAGGAAGAUUAUGAUUAUUCAAUGAACCAAUAUUUAAUACCAAAAAAAGAUAAUUCAUUACUUCAGGUACAAUUAGCAGCUGAACAUAAUCAUUUAACUUUAGUAAAGUAUAAAAAAAAUCAUACUUCAUCAACUACAAUUACAAGAAUUAAUAAUGAUAAUAUGUACGAUAACUAUACUAUACAAAAUUCAUCACAAUUUGUGGAACCAUUAAAUGGUAAUUAUCAACUUGUUAUCUUAAAACAACCCGAAGAAACUCAUAGAGCUCGAUACUUAUCAGAAGGUAGUCGAGGAUCAAUUAAAGAUAGAUCAGGGUUCUCCCAUUGCACUAUUCAGUUAGUUGGUUAUUAUCGACCAACCCGUGUUGAAAUAUAUGCAGCAACAGGAGAUGGUCCUAUACGACCACAUAAUAAUUAUGAUUUAAUACAAGUAUUAGGAAAGACAGCUAAUACAUUACCAAGUAAAAUGAUACGAGCUCAUGAUGGUAUAACAUGUAUUGAAAUAAUAUUAAGACCAGAAAAUAAUAUGACAGCUGUUUUAGAUUGUAUAGGAAUAUUAAAAAUUUGUUCAUAUGAUAUGAAAAAACGUAAUGGUGAAAAGAGUGGAGUAAAAAAUGUUAUAAAACAACAGUAUCCAGGAAGUAAUGGAAGUAAUGCUGUUAGAUUAGUUUUUCGUGCAUAUAUUGAUAAAGGAAUUCCAAAUUCAAUGACAGUUAUUCAAACAGAAUCUGAACCAAUAUUAUGUGUUCAACAAUUAGGUAUACCUGAAAUAUCAAAAAUAUCAUUAACUCAUGCCCCUGCUCAUGGUGGUAUGGAUUUAUUUAUAAUUGGAAGAAAUUUUGAUAGAUCUGUAUCAGUUAUUUUUAGAGAAUAUAAAGAAAAUGGUUCAUUAGCAUGGAGUGCUGAAGGUAUCAUACAAAAACAAUAUUUACAUCAAUGUCAUAUUAUAUGUACAGUUCCUGCUUUUCAUAAUAUUUUUGAGGGUGGUUCUGUUUCUGUAACAGUAUGUUGUGGUAAUAAAAUGAGCCAUCCAUUUAGUUUUUAUUAUACUCCAACAGAAAAUAAUAAUCGUAAUCAAUGUUUAGGAGUGCCAUUAACAACAACAAUAAAAUAUCAUUCAUCUUCAGGUAUAAAUGAUGGAAGUAAUAAUAAUUUAUCAACAAUACCUCCAUCAACUAUUUUACAUCAUACCACUGCAUAUUUUAGUAAUAAUCAAAAUGAUAAUAAUACUAAGAUAGAAUGUACUAAUAAAAAACCUUAUGAAAUAGUAAAUAAUAAUUAUUAUUUAAAAAAUAAAAGUGAACAACGAUAUGAAGUAUCAGAAAAUGAAAGUUAUGAACCAACACAAUAUAAUAAUUUAACUCAAUCUAAUGUAUAUAAUAAUUCAAUGUGGAUAAUUGAAAAUAAUAAUUAUGGAAAUAAUAAUCAUAAUAUGAAGCAAUUAUAUACAAAUAGUAAUAUUAUUGAUAAUACAUAUAUAAAUAAUAAUAGUAGUUUGUACUUAGAUUAUCAAGCACCAUUACCGACAUCACAAUUUAAGGAAACUGGAGAAUUACUUUUUAAUAAUACUGAUUUCUUUUUAAACUCUCCGAGUGUUAUUGAAACAUCAACACCAUCAAUGGAAAGGGGAAAUAAUAAUACGCUUUUAGAAUUUACUGAUUCAGCACAAGAAACAGACUUUAUUUUAGAUGUAAUAUAA